CGUUCGAACGCUCGCGUGAUCGAUAAGAAGCAUCAGUUCCACUCAGUUUCUACAGGUUGUGAGAUCAAGUGUAAUUUUAAACAGUAUGAAGUUUCUUGUGUUGUGCACGUUAAUUGCCGGUACGGCUGCAGCGUACUCCAACUCCGUCUAUCAAAACGGAAAGGCGUCCACAGGUCUUUAUAAUCAAGUGCCGGCCGGUAGCGACUAUGCUGACAAGUUCCCCCAUGGCAGUACAGGUUACAAUGGUGGCUAUACGACGCACUACACCAGCCCGAACGGUGCCGGAGUGGCUGUCGGUACGGGAAGCUUCGCCGGUACGCCCGGAUUCGGCGGCUUCGGCGGCCCGACCGUGGACUUCAGCAACUUCUUCCAGGGUGUGCAGGCCAACUUCGCAAACCUGUACCAGCAACAGUUCGCGCUCCAGCAGCAGCUGUUCGCCCAACAGCAGGCCGCUCUGAACGCCGGUUUCGCAGGAUUCGGAGGAUUCGGUGGUGCCGGAGCUGCCGCCGGUGGCUUCCCGGUGUACGGACCGAACUUUGCCUCCGGUAGCUACAACCGCAUUCCGACCGGAAACUUUGCUGGUGCCCCGAAUGUGGCCAGCUCCAGCGCUUCGUUCGGACCGGGAGGGUUCCACCAGACAGCUUCGAUUUACCCGAACAAUCCAGCUGUACCGAACGUUGAUACUCGCUUCGGAGGAUCAGAAGAAACGACCUUCCAGAGUGGCAAACCAGGUUUUGUCGGAGUGUCCAGCUUCUCGUCCUCAUCGAACAUCAAUGGCCAGACGCACCGCGAGGCGGUUACUUCGGUGAACAACAAUGGCAAGGUGACGACUCAUCGCGUCCACUCGUAAAUGGCAGAACCCGGAUCGUACCCACGUUUCAGCCUCGGAUCACGGAUCUAAUUUACAUUAUUCAGAAGACUACCCGUCCCACUCAGUGCGUUUCGAACAAACCUAUGCUUAAGUGAAUCGGAAAGAAGAAAUCUGUGCGAUGCGACUGUCAAGGAACGACGAGCCGGUCUACGGGACCAUAAACGAGAUGGAGAGACAGGAGAAAAGUAACGAUCAGGAAAUUAAAACGUACUUACACUAACAAUUGACACUGUUUUCUUAUGUCUGUAUUUUGUGCAUUUUGAUUAUUUUAUAUCCAACGUAAGCUGUGUAUUAUCGACAAGUAACAAGCCGGUGAUCGAAAAUAAAGUUGGGGAUAGAAAGCUCCUAAGA